GACGGCCGCGCCCCGCCCCGCCCCGCCCCUCCCGGUCAGGUGGACCCCGCGGGGCAAAGUCUGCGGGUCGGGGUCGGCGCGACGGGCCCGCAGCGGGAUGGGCGCGCUGGGCCGGGCGCUGCUGUGGCUGCAGCUGUGCGCGAUGACCCGCGCGGCCUACAAACUCUGGGUCCCCAACACCAACUUCGAAGUGACCACCAACUGGAGCCAGAACCGGACGCCGUGCGCAGGCGCUGCCGUCGUGUUCCCGGCAGACAAGAUGGUGUCAGUCCUGGUGCGAGAAGGUCACAGCAUCUCCGACAUGCUCCUGCCGCGGGACGGGGAGUUCGUCCUGGACUCGGGAGCCGGCUUCGGCGCGGCGGACUCUGGCAGGGACCCGGACUGCGGCGCAGCCGCCCCCGCGCUCUUCCUCGACCCCGACCGCUUCUCGUGGCACGACCCGCGCCUGUGGCGCUCCGGGGGCGCGGCGCGCGGCCUCUUCUCCGUGGACGCCGAGCGCGUGCCCUGCCGCCACGACGACGUCGUCUUCCCGCCCGACGCCUCCUUCCGGGUGGGCCUCGGCCCCGGCGUCGGGCCCGUGCGCGUCCGCAGCGUCUGGGCUCUGGGCCAGACGUUCACGCGCGACGAGGACCUGGCUGCGUUCCUGGCGUCCCCCGCCGGCCGCCUGCGCUUCCACGGGCCGGGCGCUCUGAGCGUGGGUGCCGAGGCCUGCGCCGACCCGUCGGGCUGCGUCUGUGGCAACGCCGAGGUACAGCCGUGGAUCUGCGCCGCCCUGCUCCGGCCCCUGGGCGGUCGCUGUCCCCCGGCCGCCUGCCGUGACGCCCUCCGGCCCGAGGGGCAGUGCUGCGACCUCUGCGGAGCCAUCGUGUCGCUGACCCACGGCCCCACCUUUGACAUUGAGCGGUACCGGACGCGGCUGCUGCGAGGCUUCCUGCCCCAGUACCAGGGGCUGCAAAUGGCCGUGUCCAAGGUGCCGCGCCAGAACGCAGGCGCCGAGGCAGACACGGAGAUUCAGGUGGUGCUGGCAGAGACCGGGCCCGGCGGGACGGGCGGCGCGGGGCGGCUGGCACGUGCCCUCCUGGCGGACGUCGCCGAGCACGGCGAAGGCCUGGGGGUCCUGUUCGCGGCAGUCCGGGAGUCGGGCGCGCCGGUCGGGGACGGCUCCGCAGCGGGACUGGAAGGUUCGGGAAUGCGCGCGGGGCUGGCAGGCGGCGUGGCGGCGGGGCUGCUCCUGCUGCUGCUGGCGCUGCUGGCGGGGGCGCUGUUGCUGCGUGGCGCUCGGAGCUUCAGGUGGAGUAGGCGCGACGAAGCGGCCCCAGCGCCCUUCGUGGCGCCCUUGGGCUUCUCCAACCCGGUGUUCGACGUGGCGGGCUCAGUGGAGCCGCCUUCCGCCCCACAGGUGGAAAACAGCAGCGUCAGCCGCAGCUACUUCGUUAACCCUCUUUUUGCCGAGGCGGAGGCCUGAGCCCCCGUGUGACUGGCCAGCCCCCCUUCUGCCCUCCGCCGCCCCAUUUCGAGAAAUGUACGGGUCCAUGACAUUAAAAGAUCUCCGUUCCCUUUUCCACACUCCUUGUCCCCAGCCCCUGCAGACCAAGGACCGGGUGGCUUUGCCUAAUAAAGGGGUUUCUUGCACCUGC